AUGUACGGAUCCAAAUCACAAGCUGUUCGAGUGAAAGUCAAGAAAAAUGAAAAAGGCCAGACAGAGCAGUUCCGAAAGUUUAGUGUAGAUCCAAACAUAACAAAUUUGGAAGUUCUUUAUUCAAUUCUAGCAAAAGCUUUUGAGAUAAAUAAUGACUUUGGCAUAUCCUACACAACAAUUAAUCCUAAUACAAAGAGUGAGGAACAGUUGAUCAUCUUUUCUGAUUGGGAUUUGGAUGCAGCGUUUUUAAGAGCACAUAACUCAUCUAUUGCCAACAAUACAGAACCUACAUUAAAUCUACAAAUUGAUGUCAAAUGCUUUAGUGUACAGCAAGAGUGGGAUGGUUCAAAUUCUGCAGCAUCAAUUAUUGCUACCAACAUCCAGCAGUCAAUUGGAGCUAGUCAAAAAUAUGUUCAGAAUAAACUUCCAGGACUAAUUAUAAAUCAUAUGGAAAAGACAUUCACAAGUCUCGUAUCUCGUGCAUUUAAUUUCGUUGACGAUCCCUCAAUAGUUAAUCAGAUUCAGCGACCUCCUUUAUCAGACAAUGAGUUCCGAUAUUAUUGCGAUUCUGUUGGUCAAAUUAUUCACCAAACGGAAUUGAGAAAAGUAAUUUAUUCAGGUGGAAUUGAACCUAGUUUAAGACGUGUUGUGUGGAAGCACAUUCUCAACGUAUAUCCAGGAAGUUUAACAGGAAAAGAACGUAUGGAUUAUAUGAAAAGAAAGUCGGCAGAAUAUUACAAUAUGCGUGAAGUAUGGAGAACGGCAGUUAUGGAGCAAGGAAACUCAAUAAGUGGUGAAUUAGCUUAUGUUACUAGUAUGGUACGAAAAGAUGUUCUCAGAACAGAUCGACAUCAUCCGUUUUAUGCUGGAAAUGAUGAUAACCAAAAUAUUGGUGCUUUAUUUAAUGUAUUGACUACAUAUGCUUUAAAUCAUCCUUCUGUAUCCUACUGUCAAGGAAUGUCUGAUCUCUGCAGCCCAAUUCUAGUAACAAUGUGUGAUGAAGGACAAGCAUACAUAUGUUUUUGUGCUUUAAUGAAGCGAUUAAAGUGUAAUUUUAUGAUCGAUGGAAUUUCGAUGACAAAGAAAUUUAGUCAUUUGAGUGAUGCUUUACAAUAUUACGAUUAUGAAUUUUUUAACUAUUUAAAAAAGCACCAAGCUGACGAUUUAUUAUUCUGCUAUCGAUGGUUAUUGCUUGAAAUGAAACGUGAGUUUGCUUUUGAUGAUUCGUUGAGGAUGUUGGAGGUUUUAUGGUCGUCACUUCCUGCAAAUCAGCCCGAAAAGGAAUUGCAAUUAUUUGAGAAGGAAUUUACAGCGACACAAGAAGUUCCGAACGUAAAUAGUCCACCAAUGUUAAUCAAUGAAAGUCCUUACACAAAAGUUUGUGCUUUAAGACGGCAAAAUUCAGCUAUGUCAAUAUCCAAUGCGAAGCUUAAUGUCACUAAACGAAUGAAUCAAAGCUUAGAUGAGACGAAAAGUGAGUGUGACAAGAAGAACAUUAAAGCACAUCAAAGUUUAGAUGAAAGUAAGCUACAGCAGAUGCGACAAGAACAGGAAACUCUUGAAACAACAGAAUCUACUGAGAUCAAUAUAGGAGGAACUGAAGAAAAGACUGAAUCACCGAUUGAUGACAUUUCAGAGAAAUCUGAGAAGAAUCCUUUUCUCUAUUCUGACAGCACGGAUGCAGAAUUACCGCCUGGAUCUGAGAAUUCGUCUCCUGUAAAGACAAUCAUUAGAGGUAAUUCAAUAACAGAGACACUAAAAGAGCUCAGAGAGAAGCUUGUUGCAAGUAAAAUUGGAAUAAUAAGCACAAUAGAAAAACUUGAAGAGGAUCUCGAUCCAAAAGACGUAUCCGCACAAGACGUAAAGCUUGUGAAGAACUUUAGUGAAUUUCUUAGUUUUGCCAAAAGAAGUAACAGCGAAGAAAAGCCAUCAGAUAAUAAAUCGGAUCAGCAGUUAACAGUAGAUAGAUCUAAUGAAAUUAAAUUAAGUCCUGACGAUUUUCAAGAUUAUUAUCCAAUAACGACGUCAGCUACGCGAGGAUUGAAAUUAGAAUUAGAAAAUCUAAAUCGACAGGUCUUUGGACAGGGUUUUCAAAGCUUUAGUAAAGACUCACCGAUUAGUCCGGAAGAUGAAAUUAAAGAAUUUGUGAAUGAGACACAGUCAGUUCCUGAGAAAAAUCCACAUAUUAAGGUAGACAUUGAUGCGAUUGAAGUGUGCGAUACUGGACAAGAACCUGUGAAUGUUAAAAUGCGUAGGCAACAUCGUGAUAAUGAUGAAAUUGCAUUUAAUCGUUUUAGUGUUGCAAGUAGCACAAAUAAUGAUGUUUUUAUAUGGCAAAACCCUUUACAUGCUUCAUCCGAUUACCUAUCGUCAUCAAAUUUACCAAUUUCACCAACUUUAGUGACACCAGACGAGCAGACAGACAUCGAGUAUGAUGGUGAGAUUAUUGAAAUGGAUUGUGGUAAAAAGUCAGUGACUCCAAUUAGAUUAGUAAGGAAGAAUUGUGAUGGACAAAGGUCGAAAAGAAGUUCCACAAUUAUACAAGACAGUGACUCAGAAGAUAGCGAUGAGAAUUGGAAUUAUAAAUUAAAUUCAACAAAUCCAUUUUUUGAGCAGAUUCAGCAACUUAAUGCAUCAAAAACUCAAUCAUCAGCUAAUGAUAUGGUCAAUUCAUGUGAGGAAGCAUCAGAAAUUGUCCAAUCAGUCAAUGAUUCAAAAUCUGAUGCAACUUUAACGCCAAAUGAUUCACAAACGAUAAUUGCAGCAGCAACAAACACAAAUACCAAUAAUACAAGAUGCAUGGAAUUGCCAAGUCCAACGGAAUUUGGUGGCGGUAAUCCAUUCUUAAUGUUCUUAUGCCUAACAAUAUUAUUACAACAUCGAGACUUUAUCAUGCAAAAUAGUUUAGACUAUAAUGAAAUGGCAAUGCAUUUCGAUAAAAUGGUACGUAAGCAUAAUGUCAAUAAAGUAUUAAUUCAGGCACGUCGCUUAUAUCAGGACUAUUUGCGUCAACACAAUGAGAAAAUAAGAAAUUCCAAUAACACUAGCAAAUGA